AAAAGUAGAUUGGACUUGGAAAUUUUGCUGAAAUUUUCUAGAAUUCGCUGUCUUUGUUGGGGCAGAGCCUUAAGAGGAGAUGAGUAUCUGUUUCUGCUCGGUUUCGAAGUUGUUCUCGUUUACUUCUACUGAAACUCUCUCCACUCGGAAAACAUACGGUUCACUUCCGUUGAAGCCUCCUCUUUUCUCCUCUAUCAUCGGCCUUCCUCGUAUUCCUAGAUUUCAACGCCCAAUUAGAGCCACGACAACCAUGGAAGCAGGUCAAAGUGUAGGCACAAGCACCGCCGGCAACACCUCAACCCCACCAAUGAACUCCUUUUGUGGAGAUGGGUGUUGGUUACGAUCAACAUGGGCAAGAUGUUACAUCAGCAGCAAUGAGGGCAUGCAGGGAUGCUAUUUCUUCCAAUUCAAUUCCGGCAUUUAGGAGAGGAUCCAUUCCGGGGGUCUCGUUUGAGCAAAAAUUACUGAUCAAGUUAGGAGUUCCUCAUUCCCUUCAGCAGUCAUUGGAUAUUGAGAGGGUGAAGUCUGUGUUUCCUUAUGGAAAAAUCUUGAACGUUGAAGUGGUGGAUGGAGGACUACUAUGCUCAAGCGGUGUGGUUGUAGAAGAAAUGGGAGAUAAGAAUGAUGAUUGUUACAUAGUCAAUGCUGCAGUUUAUGUUGGCUACUAGUAUUUUCCCAUUGCGAUCUUGAAAGUUUCUUUAAGGUCAGCUUCCAGUCUUCACUUUCUUAUGCUCGCUCAUGAUGCAAAAUCGACUGUUGUUAAUUCAUAGCCGAGAAUUGUACCAUUUAUCUCUGAAGGGCUAUUAAUAAGCUGUAGGGUAUGCAAUUUUCUUCACAUGUUGGUCUUGAUCAACUGCUCUUUAUAGGACAUUUUGAUUUGUAUGUUUGUU